AUGGCAGAAGGAGGCUGCGCGAAGACCGAGGAGGAGGAAGGCCCGAACACCGAAGAAGACUCGCGGUCCUUCCAGGGCAGCGGCGUGUGCAAGUGGUUUAACGUGCGGAUGGGUUUUGGCUUCCUGUCUAUGACGAACCGAGAAGGAUCUCAGGUCGAACCCCCCGUUGAUGUGUUUGUACAUCAGAGCAAACUGCACAUGGAGGGCUUCCGCAGCCUGAAGGAGGGCGAGUCCGUGGAGUUCACCUUCAAGAAGUCCUGCAAGGGCCUGGAGUCGCUGCGGGUGACAGGGCCCGGGGGGGGGCCCUGCGUGGGCAGCGAGCGCAGGCCCAAAGGCAAGAGCGUGCAGAGACGGCGCUCCAAGGGCGACAGGUGUUAUAACUGCGGAGGGCUGGAUCACCACGCCAAAGAAUGCAAACUGCCCCCGCAGCCCAAGAAGUGCCAUUUCUGCCAGAGCAUUGCACACAUGGUAGCCAACUGCCCCGUCAAAGCACAACAAUCAUCUCCUGGAUCACAGGGAAAGCCCGCCUCCCUAAGAGGGGAGGAGGAAGAAGCCGACCACGCCCCUUUCCCGUCAGAGAGCUCCAACUGA